AUGGAAGGGUUCCAGCGUCUUCUAGCAAAAGGUCGCGAUCGCCGGAAUCGAUCGCGUCAAGGCAGAACAGAGAAUGGACUCCCCCUUUCACAGCCUAUAUUCAAAGGGUUCUUCUCAGCUCAGAAGAAGCUUGAAGAGACACAAGAAUUUCAGGACAAGGUCAAAGCCAUCGAGAAAAAAAUUAGAGACCUUCGCAUAACGACACUAGAAGAAUCCAACGUGAUUUAUGCGUUACGAUCUACUGCGGAAGAUAAAGAUGAAGCCUUCGAAUUACUUCUCAUACUGAAAGAUUCUAUUGAAGGCGUUGUUCGAGAGUACACCCCGAGCAUCAAAUUACUCGGCGCAGAAAACCGCGGAGGUGUUACCUGCUACUUGGAUGCCCUUCUAUUUGCCAUGUUCGCCCGUUUGGACUGCUUCGAGCCUAUCCUGUACACAUCGUUCGAUGACGAACCGCGCCAGAAACUUGUGACUUUGCUUCGCUUUUGGGUCAAUUUGCUUAGAUCUGGAAAAUUGAUCAAAGCAGACAUCACGAAACACUUGCAGGAUGCCCUUGCCGAGUGUGGCUGGGAAGACGCAGGCAAGCUCAAGCAACAGGACUCUUCAGAGGCCUUUACCUUCAUUACCGAGAAGCUGGAUCUACCACUUCUCACCCUCAAAAUGGACAUCUUCCACCCUGGAAAAGAGGAUGUAUCUGACGACCACAAAUUCGUCAAUGAACGCUUACUUGAAGUCGCACUUCCUCCGGCGCCUACGGACGGGACGGUUCUCACACUUGAAGAUUGCUUGGAAGCCUACUUCAAUAAUAUAAUCGAAGUGAAGAGGUACAAAGAAAGGCAAAGUACUUUGACAUCCAAUCGCUCAAUGGAAUCGCUAAAAGCGGGAGUUGUUAGUCAUGUCGAGGAAAUCGACAUCACUCCCACUCUAUCCCCGGUGAAAUCUGACCAUUCUAUCGAGAGGCUUGGUGAUGUUCAUCCGUCGAGCCAACCGGUGGAGACUACGUCUUCCCGCCCAAUCUGUCGUCGAGAUAGCAUCGUUCGUGAGCGGUUCGUCCCAGACCCAUAUGACCAAAAAAGCAAAAGUGGCCAGAGCACACCAACCUCAGGGAAGAGUAUUUCUCGUCGGGGGACAUACAUAAAAGAAGUCAUGAUGCCUGCAUGGCAGUUUUUCCGCCUCCUGCCAUGGUACACAGAUAAUACGCCCACGAACGAUGCACAAGUCGCAGCCCAUUUUUCUUCUAAACGACCCAUCCUGGGCAUGUCUUUGAAGCGGUAUUCCUUCCUUCCAAAUGGAAACGCCAUUCGGCUCAACACCUACGUCGAUAUUCCCACGGAAAUUGGACUCCCGCACUUCAUCCAGGACGAUAAUAUGGAUGCGAAUGCCCCCAUUUAUGGGAAUUUCAAGCUGUCCCUGCAAGCAAUGGUCUGUCACAGCGGACACUCGGUUGACUCAGGGCACUAUAUCUCUGUUGUUCGAGGUACCAGUCCCAAUGUACCUUCAAGCUUCAGUGAAGUAUCCGGCCAUCCGCCCGUGGAUACGCCAAAGCACUGGAUGCGUUUCGAUGACCUUGCUAGAGACCAGCGGGUUACUCUGAUUGACAUAGAUAAAGCUUUGAAAAGUGAGAGAGAAUUGCCCUAUCUCUUAUUCUAUCAAAUCCUUCCUAUUGGAGAAGACCCUGCCAUGACUGAUCUCGCCAAAACGUGUUCAUCAGGAGCCUCGACUGCCACCUUAGAAGGCGACCUAAUGGAUAUCUCUCGGAAGCUCAUAAAUUUGACUGUUGGGGAGGCAGCUGAGAGAAGCUCUACUGAAAACGGUGGCUCAGCUCGUCCUAGCUUUGAAAUCACCAAUCCGGAUGGUAACUCAGAACCCCCGUUCCAAGACCACGGCCGCCGCGCGAGUGUCACUUUUUCUGGAAUGAAAACCGUACAUGUACCGCCGCCUCGAUCGGUACCAGCAUCUUCGCCGAAGAUUAUGGCGAUUUCAGAUGAAGAAACUGGCAGGGGGUUUCCUUUUGGCCGUCGUGGCUCUCGUGUAACUAAAAGCAGUUCGGCGAGUCGUGCAAACAGCCAGUCUGGGGAGCAAAGGGUUAGUGCUGGUUUUACUCGUUUUACCUUCUCUCAGCGGCUGAGCAAGGACAAGUUCACCCUCGAUGGUGAUGGUGAGAGUGACGAGUCUGCCAUCGAGGUAGACGAAGCCGACGAUACUAAAUUACGGCCUUUUUCCUCAAGUGAAGCCAAGGAGAAGAGCCCUCGCGGACGUACCAAAGAUCGUCGAUCAAAGGGAAAGGACAAAGAGAACUCGAAGGAGAAGAACAGGAAAUUGGAGCGGGAAUGCAUAGUGAUAUAG